AUGCGUAAUUUCAUUCAAGCAUCAAACAUGAAUGCAUGGCUAUCUAUCAUGGAUGGACCUUACUCUCCUACUGUAGAAAGGGAAGGUGCCACAAUUGUAAAGCCAAGAAAGGACUGGACUGAUGCUGAUCUCAGAAAGAUGCAACAUGAUGCUGCAGCCAUCAAUAUGCUCCACUGUGCGUUGGAUGCAUCUGAAUACAACAGGAUCUCUGGGUGCGAGUCAGCAAAGGAGAUUUGGGAAAAAUUUGAGACUACCUAUGAAGGGACAGAUAAGGUCAAGGAGUCCAAGAUUAACCAACAGCUUAGAUAUUAUGAGCUGUUUGAGAUGAAAGAAGGCGAGUCUAUUGGUGAGAUGAACAGCAGAUUCGUCAACAUCAUCAAUGAGCUGAAAAGACUCGGUAAAAGCUUCACUGAAGAAGAGCAAGUGAAGAAAAUACUGAGAAGUCUUGCUAGGAGCUGGGAAGCAAAGAAGACCGCUAUUGAAGAAGCUCAUGAUCUAAAAGUCUAUAAAUUUGAUGAGCUGAUUGGAUCUCUGCCGACUCACGAAAUUUCGGUAAGAAAUUUUGAAGAAAAGGAAAAACAAGGAAGGUCUGAGGACAAGAGGCAGAAGGCCAUUGUACUGAAAGCUGAUUCAUCUGAAGAUGAAGACUCAGACAUAGAUGAGAUGGCUAUGCUAGCCAAAAAGCUGAAGAAAAUGUUCAAGAAAGGUGGAAGAAUCCACAAGAAGAAGAUUCAGUUUAUCAAGAGAAAGGAGCAGAAGAAGGAUGCAGAGGCUUCCAUUACCUGCUUUGAGUGUCACCAGCCAGGCCACAUCAAAGCCAACUGUCCCAAACUCAAAAAGGACAGAAAGUUCAAAAAGAAGGCCAUGGUGGCAACGUGGAGUGAUUCAGAGGACUCCUCAUCAUCUGAAGAUGAAGAGUGUACUGAGACAGCCAAUAUUUGCUUCAUGGCUAUGGAUGCUGAGCCUGAUGAGGAAGCUAACUCAGAAUCCUCAGAUGAGUCUGAAGACGAGGCUGAGAGCAGAGCCACUGAACCUCAGGUACAAUUUAUCUUCAUGACUCCCUCUGAAAUUCAUACUGCACUUUUUGCUUUAUAUCAGUAUGCAAAGAAGUCAGCAGCAAAGCUAAAAGGACUACAGAGGAGAAUUUUAGAACUCGAGAAAGAUAGAAGCUUCCAUGAGGAUGCAGUCAAGGAUCUCCUGACUAUAGUUCCUGGUCAUGAGGAUAAACUAAAGUCAGAAGAAGGGGAGAUAAAGACCAUCACUCAGGAAUGCUUAAACCUGAGGGAAUUGAUUGAGGAAUUUCAGAGAUAUCAAUCUCAGAAGGAGUCUCAGAGGCAACCUUAA